AUGAAAAUCAUUGGCGAACAAUACGAGGACACCAGAACCGAAGUAUCCCAAUGUCCGUGCAUGAAAGUUGUGAAACCUCCCGUAACAAGAAACAGGACAGACAGUAGCAGGGAGAUCCAGGCACCAGCAAUACCGAUUGGAUUUGUGUAUGGUAGAUCUUUUCUGGUGUACCCUUGGGCAACCAGGGCCUUAUUCAUCCGAAUAUUCGAUAUUGAGAUAAUUAUCCAUUCCAACAAUAGAACCGACGAGCUGAGAUUUUGGAACCAACUGAAAACAUUUGAAGCUGUCGAGUUCAAUGUCAUGUAA